AGUCGGUGGCUUUCUUCUGAAUAAGUCGAUGUAAAUAAUUGACUGUGGUGUCGUUCGAAGUGAUGGAAUGAAAUAUUUAAAUUGGAAAUUUACAAUAUAAAAAAAUGCAUCCAAAAAUCAAGCGUAUGUGCAUGUGAAUAAGAAUGUUUGAAGCCAAUCGCUCGAUUCAGCGCCAAUGGCGUUACCAGUGCCAUACUCUAAAUUUCAAAUCAAUAUGUCUAUCGAUAAUAUUUCUAGUGUUGUUUGCUCAAAGCUUGUCGGCAGAGACUGGGCGAUGUGUGUGGUAUGGAGUUUCCAAUAAAACGGCAGAUAAACUAAGUUCAUAUAACGAAUUCAAAACAAAUUAUACCUGUCAACGUGAUAUCGAACCACAGCCACUGGAUGACACUGCACUCGGAUUGUUGCAAAAAUAUUGUUGGGAUUUGAAUUUGGGAGAGGAUAAUGCAGCUUGUUGCGAUAUCAAUCAGAUUAUUGCGAUGAACUUCAAUCUAAAAACUGCAUAUAUGAUAAUGAAAAGAUGUCCGUCGUGUUUUUACAAUUUUGCAAAAUCAAUAUGCGCCAUGACGUGCAGCCCAAAACAAUCCGCUUUUUUGAAAAUUAUUCAUACAAAUCAUGAGGAAUCCAACUGUCCAUAUGUCGACAAUCUGACAUUUUUCAUGGCUGAGGAAUACAUGAAUGACACAUAUAAAUCUUGUGAAAAGGUUGGAGGAGGUUCUGUAAUAAGCUCAUUAUGUAUGGGUGAAGACAGAUGUGAUCCAAGAACCUUGUACACAGGUAUUGGCGAUGUAGCAGAAAAUCCAGAAUAUGUACCAUUCCAAAUAACUUAUAAAACAGAGCCCAUGGACAAUUACACUUUAUUUAAUGAAACCACUAUUCCCUGUUACAAAGCAGUGAAUAAAACCACUAAAAUUUGCCCGCAUAUUGAGUGUGAACAUUGUAGUAGAAGGCCACCACCACCACCAAAUCCAUCAUCAUCGGACUCAUUCAAAAUACUCGGUUUCGAUGGGUACACAUUCUGUUCAGUUCUAGUAUUUUGCAUCGUGACAAUUCUAUUUCUUAUCGGAGUCUUCUUACCGUUUCCGUGUAAAAUUAGAAUUUGUCAAUUUAGGAAAAAUUAUUUUGAACAAUUUGGCGAAUAUUCCGAAAAUUUCUUCGAGCAUCGCUUCACCGCUUUGGGAUCCUUUUGUGCACGUCAUCCGCUGAUUGUUCUUCUGUUCGGUCUCCUUCUUGUAAUUGCAACGGGAUGUGGAAUCAAUCCGAGUAACAUGACAACCGAUCCGGUUGAAUUAUGGGCCGCUCCGCAGUCAAGAUCACGUAUGGAAAAAGAUGUUUUCGACUUACACUUUGGCCCAUUCUAUCGAAUCGAACAGAUUAUAAUCGAAUCCAAGUUCAACGGUCCCAAUCAUUUAACCGAUGAGGGUGAAAAUAUUGCAUUUGGUCCAGCUUUCAAUGAAACAUUUUUACUAGAUGUGCUGAAGUUGCAAAAAGGAAUUGAAAGUUUAAAAACUGACAACAAUUACACGCUGGAUCAGAUUUGUUAUGCACCACUGAGCACUUCGAGCCCAAUCGAUCAAAAAUACUGUGUUGUUCAAUCCGUUUGGAAAUACUUUUCGGAUGACGUCAAUAAAUUUAAUAUGGAUACUUUGAAGGAAUGCAUCGAUAACCAAUACAAGUGCAUGUUUGAUUCAGUUGGACCGGCCGAUCCGAAUGUAUUGUUUGGAGGUUUCCCAACAGACGGUGCAGCAUCAGAAAGAGAGAGCAAAACGAUUUUCUACAAAUCUUCCGCUGUUAUUUUAACAUUUCUACUGAAUAAUUAUCAGAAAGGUGAAAAAAGGUUGGACUCGGCCAGAGAAUGGGAGGAACUCUAUGUGAAGUAUAUAAAAAACUGGAUAAAUCUCAACAAAUCGGAAUACAUAGACAUUGCAUUCAUAUCGGAACGAUCGAUUCAAGAUGAAAUUGAGCGUACAUCUCACUCAGACAUUUACACAAUCGUCGUAUCAUAUUUGGUAAUGUUUUUAUACAUCACAAUAUCAUUGGGUCGAAUCGAUUUGAGGCGCUAUCAUCGCAUAUUCGUUGAUAGUAAAAUUACAUUGGGCAUUGGUGGCAUUGCAAUUGUCUUAUCUUCGGUUGUAGUAUCGGUGGGUAUUUUUGGCUACAUUGGUGUUCAAACCACACUGAUUAUUGUCGAAGUGAUUCCAUUUCUGGUGCUCGCCGUUGGUGUCGACAACAUAUUCAUCCUAGUUCAAACGCAUCAACGUGAACCUAAAGAACCGAACGAAACGCACGCCAAUCAUAUCGGUCGAGUUUUGGGAAAAGUCGGUCCUUCAAUGCUGUUAACAUCAAUAAGCGAGAGUUGCUGCUUCUUCCUUGGUGCUCUAUCUGAUAUGCCUGCGGUUAGGGCUUUUGCUUUAUAUGCCGGAUUGGCAUUGAUCGUCGAUUUCAUACUGCAAAUAACGUGUUUUGUAAGUCUUCUAUCACUGGAUGCACAACGUCAAGCCGCAAAUCGUUUCGAUUUAUUCUGUUUUAUUAAAACAAAAGGCAAGGAGGAAGACGACGAUCAACCGACCGAAGGAACUCUUUAUGAGUUUUUUAAACUAAUUUAUGUGCCUGUCUUGAUGCAUAAAUUCGUACGAGUUAUCGUCGUAAUUUUGUUUGUUGGAUGGUUUUGUACAAGUCUCAGCUUAGCACCAAACAUAGAAAUCGGGCUCGAUCAAAAACUUGCGAUGCCAGAAGAUAGUUUCGUGUUGAAAUAUUUUCAAUUUUUCGAACGAUUUCCGAAUGUAGGACCACCGGUUUAUUUCAUCGUAACUGGCAUCAACUAUUCGGAUCCAUUGCAACAAAAUCAAAUAUGUUCAGAUUAUUACUGUAGUAAAGAUAGUUUGAUCAGUCAAAUAUCCUAUGCUAGUCAAAUGCCAAAUGUUACAUACAUAAAAAAUACACAAUUUUCAUGGAUUGACGACUAUUUCGAAUGGAUCUCCUUGGAUUUUUGCUGCUUACUCUAUACAAAUGAUUCAAUGUGCCCGAGUAAUGCCAAAAACAAUACCAAAUGUGAAUCAUGCGCUGUUGACCUUCACUAUUUCAGACCCGAUAUCAAGGAAUUUGAAAAAUAUUUGCCCAAUUUUCUGCAAGAUAAUCCUGGUGAGAAAUGCAUGUAUGGCGGUCAUGCAAAAUUCUCACGUGCACUCAAAACAACUCAACUUAAGAAUAAUCGCAUUCAUUAUGAUGCUUCGCAUUUUAUGUCGUUUCACACUGUUUUAAAAACGUCUUCCGAUUUCUAUGGUGCAUUACGUUCAGCGCGUACAAUUUGCGACAAUGUGACAAACACCAUUCGAACUAAUUUAAGGCAAUCGAGUAAUUUGAGUGAGAGUGAAAUUGCGAAUAUAAAGGUAUUUCCCUACUCGAUGUUCUAUGUGUUCUAUGAGCAAUACCUGACAAUGUGGCCAGAUACACUGAGAAGCAUCGGUUAUUCAAUGUUCGCCAUAUUCAUUGUGACCUUCAUUCUGAUGGGUUUCGAUUUAUAUUCAUCGAUUAUUGUGAUCAUUACGAUCGCAAUGAUUAACAUCAAUUUACUCGGUUUUAUGUACACUUGGAAUGUGUCGCUGAAUGCAAUUUCACUCGUUAACCUAGUCAUGGCUGUUGGCAUAUCGGUGGAAUUCUGUUCACAUCUCGUUCAUUCGUUCAGCGUAUCACUGAAAGUAAUGCGCUUAGAACGUGCAAUUGAUUCGCUCACUCAAAUGGGUAGCUCCAUUUUCUCUGGGAUUACACUCACGAAAUUUGGGGGCAUUCUCGUUUUGGCAUUGGCCAAUAGUCAAAUAUUCAAAGUGUUCUACUUUCGCAUGUACUUGGGCAUUGUGCUGAUCGGUGCGGCACAUGGAUUGGUAUUCCUUCCAGUUUUACUCAGUUUUGUUGGUGGCAUGCGCAAGAGGGGACAAUAUUAUAAAGUCAAACAGCAUAGCGAAGAAACUAGACUUUGAAGGACAAAAUUGAUGAAUUUCCUUCUUUUUUAUCUUCUUCCACCGUUGUAAGCUGCCAUAUUUAAUUUCUCAACAAUUACACAGAAAAUUUCUGUAAUGUGACGUAGAUUUCAAUUUAAAUUCAAUAAAUACGAUUCUUCUUGUGAACAAAACUCAAACUCAUUCAA